AACAGAGAUAGCAUGUGAGUGAGUAAAUGAGGCAGCUAGAAAUUUCCAGUUGCAUGGUUAUCAUCUUAUACCUAGUCACGUGGUUCACUUUUAUCGCAUUAUAAUUUUCAUGAUGUUGCAACACAAGUACACUGCAACCUCCUUUAAUAAGACCGGCUACAGUAAACCAAGCUGGCUAGCAGCAUGACAAGUGGUGUCAGUUUGUUUAUCCUGAUGGUGAAUGCAUUAACGUUAACUUAUAUUGCUACUAAUGUAUAUCUAGCUAGCUAGCCACGUGAUGGAAGUCGUGUGAUAAAAUGUAAUAGGCCAAAAUGUUUACAUUUUGCUGGCCUACCUAACUAUGUGCCUGAUAAGUGGAUCAGGUAUUAGGAUUGCCGGCGUGUUUAUUAGGCAAGCUAGCAAACAAGCUACUGGCUAAAUUAAGUAAUGUAAUGGGCAACAUAGGUUAUUUUCUAUGAUAAAUCGGGUGGUUUUGAAACCUAAAUGCUGAUUGAUUGAUAACCUUGUUAUGAGACCUAUACCACGGGUAUGAUAUUACAACACAUUUUACUGCUGUAAAUGCUUGAUGACUGGUAUAUAAUAACAAUGUGGUAUCUCAGGGGUUUGUCCUGUAUUGCCAGUGUAGCAUGGCUAAGCAACGUGUCCAUGCCCUCUAUGUAAUGCCGAAGAACAGCUCUUAGCUGUGGUAUAUUAGACAUAUGUGGUAUAUUAGACAUAUACCACAUCCCCAUGCUUUAUUGCAUAAAUAUAUAGUCUUCUGUGAUAAUAAUAUUAUGGUUAUGGAAUGUAAUGAGUCCUCUUAAUACCACAACAUGUGGCAUAACUUCAUAAAGUCAUGUAGAUGUCUAGUCAUACUUUCCUCUUACAGAAUAGAGUCUGGCAACCAUGGACUGUUUAGCUUUGAACACUUUCAGGACGCCAAAGCCUCAUGAUACCUCAGUGUCACUCAACAAAACCUAACCUUUUUAGUAUUCCAAAAUAUAACUGUUACAGCCUACACAAAUUAAAGUUAUGACAUUGUAAUAUAUAUUUUUUGAAUAUAGCGACAAAGUACUGUUUUUCUUCAACCUUCUCAACCAGUUGGGGGCGCUAACUGUCAACAUAUGUACAAUAAUAAUGCUUAAUAAAGGCACUAGUCUUAUUAUUGGAAGCCAUUAUUGAAGAUGUCAGAUAUGGAUAUAUUCUUUUGCGCAUCAUCUACAAGUUCCUAUAUUUAUCUUCACUACCAAUUGGUGAUACAUUUAGGUAAUGUGAGGAUGAUUUAACUGAUGAAUGAAAAAAUGCUAACAUUGGUGCCAGGACUAGUAUUUGUGCAUUGUGUCUUGGAAAUUAAAUCAAAGCAUGAAUUCUUAUCAAACCUUGUCCGUACCAACUGCCAUGUAAAAGAAAAUGAUCCUAAGUGAAAGGAUACACAUUUGUUGUGAAAAUGGUUGAGAGAUGGUGAGACUGGACCAGCUUUCCCUGUCACUGCCUUUUACACACUUUCCAUAUGGGCUAGAAUUGACUGGCUGCACCCAGGGCUCUGUCCGAAGCCUGUCUGAUGAAGAGCAGCCAAGCCCCUCAGGAUACUGCUGCAGCUAUGAUGUCAUUCACACAUGGAGGAUGUAGUCUAGAGAGAAGAAGGGAUGAGAAGUGGAGGGAAAGUGGUGGCACGGAGUAACAGUAUGGUACACUUGUGAUUUUGGUAGGUCAACCAAAAAGAGAUGGUGCUUUCACUAUUUCCUUUUCAAUGGUGGUCGGAGUUUGGUUGAAAUUCAAGGACUUUGGCAGUGACGAUGAGCGUCGUUUGAAUCAGAGCCUGAGCGAGAGCUUCUUCAUGGUGAAGGGGGCCGCCCUGUUCCUGCAGCAGGGCAACAGUCCCCAGGGCCAGAAAGCGCAUCCUCAUCAUAAACAUGCAGGGGACUUACCUCAGCACCUGCAGGUGAUGAUCAACAUUCUGCGCUCAGAGGAUCGAAUUAAACUGGCUGUGCGGUUAGAGAGCGCCUGGUCAGACAGAGUGCGGUACAUGGUGGUGGUGUACACCAGUGGACGACAGGACACCGAGGAGAACAUCCUGCUGGGGAUGGACUUCAGCAACAAGGACAGUAAAAGCUGCUCUAUUGGCAUGGUUCUGCCUCUAUGGAGUGACACCAAGAUUCAUCUGGAUGGAGAUGGGGGUUUUAGUGUGAACACAGUGAGUCGGAAUCACGUCUUCAAACCUGUGUCUGUACAGGCCAUGUGGUCGGCGCUACAGAUCCUCCACAAGGCGUGUGAGGUGUCCCGCAGGUACAACUACUUCCCCGGUGGCAUGGCCCUCACCUGGAUGGGCUACUACGAGAGCUGCAUUGCAUCGGAGCAGAGCUGCAUCAACGAGUGGAAUGCCAUGAGAGACCUGGAGACCUUGCGGCCUGACUCUCCCACCAUGUUUGUUGACAGGCCCACAGAGAGGGAGCGAACAGAGUGCCUUAUCAAAGCCAAACUCCGAAGCAUCAUGAUGUACCAGGACCUGGAGAACGUCACCUCGAAACAGAUCCGAACUGAGUUGGAGCUGCAUAUGAGCUGUAACCUGAUGCAGUACAAGGAGUUCAUUGACAACGAGAUGCUCCUGAUCCUGGGCCAGAUGGACAAGGCAACACUCAUCUUUGACCACCUCUACCUGGGAUCAGAAUGGAAUGCCUCCAAUCUAGAGGAGCUUCAGGACACCGGGGUGGGCUAUAUCCUCAACGUCACCAGGGAGAUAGAUAACUUCUUCCCAGGAACAUUCUCCUACCACAACGUACGGGUCUAUGAUGAAGAGGCUACCGACCUGCUGGCACACUGGAACGAGACUUACAACUUUAUCGUUAAAGCAAAGAAGAAUCAGUCCAAGUGCUUGGUGCACUGUAAGAUGGGCGUCAGCCGCUCGGCCUCCACCGUUAUCGCCUACGCCAUGAAGGAGUAUGGUUGGUCGUUGGAGAAGGCCUUCAGCUUCGUCAAGCAGAAGAGGAGCAUCACUCGACCCAACUCGGGCUUUAUGAGACAGCUGGCUGAGUAUGAGGGCAUCCUGGACGCCAGUAAGCAGCGACACAACAAGCUGUGGCGCCCUGACCGCCCCGACCCGGACUGUGACCUCAACGAGGACCGUGCUAACCGGACCCCCGAGCUUGGGACGCCCCCCUGCUGUGAGGAGGCCCUGGAGGAGAAGGGGGCCGCACGCCCCCCCUCCCCCUGCGGGAUGAUCAGUCUGGAGGUCGACCCCGCCUACAACAACUACUACUUCCGCAGGCUGUCGGAUUCGGCCCUGGACAGUGACCCUUCCACGCCGGUGCGCGCCCCGCCUCUUCUAAACAUGGAGCGGGUCUUCAUAGAGAUAGAGGACGUUGAGCGAGACGCCCUUCUGGACGACGAGGCCUACGAGGGGCGGGAGGGCCUGUCACUGCCCCACUUCGGGCUGGCUGGGGAGGGCACCGCGGCCCAGACCUGCUGCCGAGGACCAGAGCCCCUGGAGGAGCUGCGCCUUCGCUUGGAGUUCAGCACUGUGGAGGAAGAGGAUGAGGAGGAGGCCCAGAAAGAGGAGGCAGAAAUGGAGGCCCUAGCACAGCCAGGAGGACGAGUGGAGAAUGCACAAGGAGUGGUAAAGAUGGUUCUGGAAGACGAGGGGGAGAAGGAGGACCAGGUGCUGGACCUGGUUGCCUUGAACCAGAACUCCAACAAUAACAACCACUUUGACAACCUGUCCAGUCUCAGUGAUACUGCUGUCUCCACACCCCUUUACCCAAUCAAGCCUUCAGCCGUUCCUCAGUCCGAGGACAAGAGCAGCCAUAGAGUGGAUUCAUUGGUCCAGGAUGCACAUUUAUGCCUUAACCUCGCACCCCUCCCCCCUGUACCCAGUGUCACCUUCCCCUGUUCCCCCAGCCCGUUGGGCCCCUGUGGCCCUCUCUGUGACUGUGCCAAAUGUGCAUCCUCGGCCUUAACACCUCUAGCUGACGCCCCCUGCUCUCUGACCUCUGAUGACACAGCCAGUGUUCUGGAAGGGGAGGCUGCGGAAGGGAAACCUUUCGGGGUACCUGUGCUUCCCCCUGUCCCGGAGCUGCUGAGCCCAGGGGAGAAGAGGCCGGGGGCAGCCUGCAACCUGACACCACAGCUGGAGACACUGGUUGAGCUGCAGAGGUCAGGGCUGGUCCGCCGGAGGGCUGAGAGGCUGGAGAGGUUGUCAGGUUUGUCCCAGGAGGGGCCUCAACCUGUGGAACUUCUAAACCCACCCGACUCCGGGGCAAGGGAGGGCCACAGUCCUGGAGAGGUCUCCACCUUCCCAGGAGACUUCCACGCGGGGUGCUCUGUGUCCCUGGAGCCUCUGACGGUUCCUCUGACUAACGACGCCCUGCUCGGUGCUGUGGCUUCUGGGGGGCUGACGCCCACCUCCUCGCCCCACGGCUCCACACUAACCCGCAGCUCCAGCAGUGACAGCAUCCGCAGCGUGAGGGGCAAACCUGGCCUGGUACGCCAGAGGGCUCAGGAGAUCGAGGCUCGCAUGCGCUUGGCCGGUCUCACCGUGCCGUCACGCCUCAAACGCUCCAACUCCCUGGCUAAGCUGGGCAGCCUCAACUUCUCCUCCGAAGACCUGUGCUCCGUCUGCUCCUCGGACACAGGCACCCUCUUGCUCCUCUCCCUUUCUCCAGAGCCAGGCCUGGAAUGGGAGUGUCCUGCGAGCUUCUCCUCUUCCUCCAACUUCGUUUUGUCUCAGCCCAGAACACACAGGGACCAGGCCACCCCAGAGAGAGCUCUGUCUGGGGGUCCCUGGAGCUGACAGGAAGGAUGGAGACACUCCCUUACAUAGCCCUCCACGAGCUGGCGGUCACACAUAUCUUUGAGAGGCAAUAGGGACAGUCUUAAAAACAAAUUGUCUGUGUGUGUAUAUAGAAUUAUACAUAUAUAAAUAAACAUUUGAAUAAUAUAAAUAUAUAUUAAUAUAAAUCCACUUCAAGGAAGAGGAAACAGAAUCCAAAUAUGAUUUUAUAGUCCAGAUGGUGUCUUAGUUAAAGGCUGUUUCUGCAUGGAGUGCAAUGAUUGUGUGCAAAGAUGAAUACAUACAGAAGACCUGGUCUCCAUCAGGACUUAAAGAAAAAUACUUUGAAAAAGUUCAAUUCCCUGCCUUUCUAGUUGCCUAGAGAUCAGAGUUACAACUUCAUCAUCAUACAGCCUGCCUUCAACAUGCAGAUUGUCUUUUUAAAUCACAGACUUUAAAAUGAAUGGUUUUGUUUACUUUACCAUUGGCAUAUUGUAGUGUUCUUUAUCUUAGUGCUGUCUUAGAGUUGAUCAGAUUAUACUGAUUGUCUCUUGUUUGGAACGGAGCUGCUGAAGUAUCACUGUGCAAAGUGAAGAAGCUGUAGUUGAUGCUGUCUCUACUGUCUUGGGUUCAGUAGGGGGAAUGGACAACUGACACACAGGGCACCAUACAUUCAGUGUGCACCUUGUUAUGGCUGUCACGUGAAAGGUCAAAUGGAUGUUCAGAUGUUUUCUUUUUUUCUUUUCAAGUAGGGAGGUUAUUUUAAUGAUGUCACAUUAUAAAUGAAUUUCAAAUAUCCUAUAAGCAUUUAGUUCAGUGUUGGGAAAUGCAUAAAAACUGUUAAUCCGAUUCUUUUGGGAUGAGCCAAGUGGAUGCCAUAAAUGAUUUUAAAACAAUUCAAAUACCAAAAUAAUAGAAUAUAAAAAAAUACACCAUAUCUCUCUCCUGUAA